UUAUAAAAGGAGGGGCUUCCUUCUCACCACGAUUAGAGCCAUGUCUUUGCGACUGAGGUAUUUGCAUCUUUUGGGGAAACAGCUGGGCGCUUUUCCCAAACAGAAGCGAUCGGUCCAUUCUCUAGGUAUAAUCGGUGCCCCAUUCUCCUAUGGCCAGAAACGGCGAGGAGUCGAGGGUGGGCCUCAGGCAAUCAGGGACGCCGGGCUGAUAGAUCGCUUAAAAGCUCUGGGUUGGAACCUUCAUGACUAUGGAGACCUGAAUUUCACAACUGUACCAAAUGAUACACCAUAUAAGAAUAUUCACCACCCAAGAACAGUGGGGUUAGCAAACCAGUCAUUAACUGGAGCAGUCAGUCGGGCAGUUAGAGAUGGUCACAUAAGUGUUAUGCUUGGAGGAGAUCAUAGUUUAGGAAUUGGUUCAAUCCAUGGGCAUGCCCAACAGCGUCCAGAUUUGUGUGUCAUUUGGGUGGAUGCACAUUGUGAUCUAAACACACCUCUUACAACCACAACUGGAAAUAUGCAUGGACAGCCAGUGUCAUUCCUUAUAAAAGAGCUGCAGAACAAGAUCCCAUCACUCCCUGGAUUUUCUUGGGUCACUCCUUGUAUAUCAGUUAAGGACUUGGUUUACAUUGGACUACGGGAUGUUGACCCUGCUGAAUACUACAUCCUGAAAAAUUUUGGCAUCCAGUACUUCUCAAUGAAAGAGGUGGAUCAACUUGGAAUACAGAAAGUAAUGGAAAAAACACUUGAUUAUCUAAUUGGAAAAAAGAAAAGACCAUUGCACCUGAGUUUUGAUGUCGAUGCCAUUGAUCCAUCUUUAGCUCCUGCUACUGGUACUCCAGUGAUUGGAGGACUAACUUACAGGGAAGGAAUGUAUAUUGCUGAAGAAGUGUACAACUCUGGAAUGCUGUCUGCAAUGGAUCUGGUGGAAGUCAAUCCUAAACUUGCAACUACAGAUAAAGAACUUAAUUCCACAGUAAACAUCGCAGUGGAUAUUAUUUCCUUUUCUUUAGGACAGGCACGAGAAGGAUCUCAUGGCAAAUGUGAUGAAAUACCAACUCCUGACACAACAUAUGAAACAAGUGAACAGACUGUACGGCUUUAGAACUGACUAAAGACGAGCGGGCUGUUUGUAUAAACCCAGAAUUUGGAACUCUGAGGAAGUACUUUGGGGUAUUUUAUGUAACUGCUGCCUUGCUGUACAUACUUUCUCAUUGGGAUUCUUUCAUGAGGCAUUGUGUUCUCAGACCAUUACCUAAUAUCUCACUUAUCUACAGGUAUUAUGAACAACCUACAGCUGAGCUUUUCAAACAUUCCAGUAUGUAUAGAAUUGAUUUCACUUCUCUAUUCAACUGUGUGGGGAGAGAGGUAGAUCACUCAAAACAUCAGUUCUGGCAGGAAAAAGCCAAGCCAAAUCUCUAAAGGUUCUGUUCUUAUGUAAAACUGAUUAAUACUUUUCCCCAAAACCUUACAGCGUACUUUUUUUAAUAACUUGCAUUUUUCCUCUCAACAGAAACUUGUGUUCAAGACCAAUAGGACAUGUUGCGUAUCAAAUGACUUUAUUAAAAAUUUAUGCACAUCGCUACAAUGUAGUCAUUGGCAGUAGCAUUUAAAGAACUGAUUGAAUGCAAUUUUAAACUGCUUCACCUUUGUAAAAACAUCUCCUGGAAUGGGGUGUCUUGCAGUGAAGUCCUCUAAGCAGAUUAAAUACGUGAAAAUUGUUCAUCGGUUUAUGUACUCCCAUGUAGAUAAAUCAUCUUCAACUGUGAAUCUCAAGCAUUGCAGCCUAUCUAUGCAUGCAUAACUUGAGUCAGUGCUUGCGAAAGAACUUGAGGUAUACAACGGUUCCAAGAAUUCCCACUUCCAGAAGAAUAAUAAUACCCAGUAGCAGUUUGUUUGUCAUAAUUCUAGAGAGAUCAAAACAUCAACUUUCAGGUUUGCAUUGUAAGAAUAAAUUAUUACCCUAGGUCAAAUACUAGUUUUUUGUAACAAGGCUGAAGAACAUUUCACAUAUUUAUUCCAUUAUUCAAUGAUCUGUCUAGCCUUAAAGUAGAAAGCAAUAAUUUCUGAUCUUUAAAUUUUAGGUGGGUGACUUUCUCCGGAUGCCCAUCAGAUCAGACUUGAGUAGUUUUUAGUUGGUUUUAAAAUGCCUGUUUUACAACCAGUUUGUAUGAUAAGCUUUUAUUACCCAGAUUCCCUGAAACUAUUAAGUGGGAAAAGGUGAACGUCUGUGUCUAAAGGACCAGCUUUGAAAUCAAUUCUUUAGAAUUAAAAUUUAACAAUGUCUCCGCACUCAAUUUAUGUAAAGUACAGAAAAAAUAUUUACUGUUCUAUAGUUGUUUAUACAUGGAUAGUACUGGCAGCAGAAAAUAUUCCUGGCUUCACUUUUUCCACUGGUGGUGGGGGGUUGCUUUGGAAAGUGUGAAGUACAAACUUGUCUGAUAAUAUAGUUGGCUGUCAAGAUUUGUUCACUCUUACCUUCUGGACAUGGCGCGAAGUAUUUUCCGACUUCGGCUUAAAUUCUCACCUGUGUUAAUUAGCUUCAGAACAAAAACAAAAUUGUUAUCUUGCUCCCUUGUUUUUGUUCAUAAUACACACAUUUUGAAAUUUUCAGAUGGGAGUAUUUUCUAUUUAGUUAUUUCCCAAAUAAAUUUCGUACUUGCAUACCUAAUGAAGACUUACCCUGUCUUUUGAACGUUCCAGCUGGUCUCUUUGCUCUCCAAGUUCUUCAAUUAUUUCUGAACCUAUCUGAUCAGUCUCUGCUGCUAUUCGAUGUGAACGAUCUAGGCUCUGGCUGGCUCUGUUGAGACUGUCUGUACCUUGCAAUAGCAAAGCACGUUGAGAGGCUAAGUGAUUCUGCAACAAAAUGCAGUUGUUGGAACUUACUUAAAAACUUUGGAAAAACUUUUUUUUUUAAAGUUAGACGUAGCCUAAUGAAAAGGAACAUGAAUUUUUGGAAAAACUUAAGUUGAGAUUCACAAGAUUUUGUCCAGAAAAAAUACUCAAUUUUCAACCCAAUCAAUAUGAUGCUAUACUUUGAGUAAACCCAUCCCCACAUACUCUAUUAUAUUACUCUUUGAUGGCUUUUAUCAUAUGGACAUCAUAUUAAGUAAAAAAUAAUGAGAAGCUGAAUAAAUAAGCAAGUUGACAGCAAUUUUAAAAUGAAUGACAAAAUAAAAUGUUGUGUUCCCUCUGUAAAGGCUUUACAAGGCAUACGGACCCAGCUCCUCAACAUAAUGUGAACUAACAGGAUCUUAUGAGUCUCUACAGAUUGUUUGUGUAAAUAAAUUAAUCACAAUGAAACAAAAUAUGACAGAGCUCAUGAUGCAUCUAACACCAGAAUCUUAGGGUGUCAAAUGAUCUAUCCUUCAACUAAUAUUGUAAAGUCACUGAACUCUACUAAAUAAGGUAACAUACAAAAUAUGUACUACUGGCAAGGUAAAAGAUACUGCAGAAUAAAAGGAAUGUUCCA